AUGGUUCCCCACGCUAAGGACAAGUUUCCUCACGCUGAGGACAAGGUUCCUCAAGCUGAAGACAAGGUUCCUCACGCCGAGGAAAGGUUCCUCACGCUGAGGACAAGGUUUUUCAUGGUUAGGACAAGGUUCCUCACGCUAAGUAUAAGGUUCCUCACGCUGAGGAAAGGUUCCUCACGCAGAGGACAAGAUUCCUCACGCUGAAGACAAGGUUCCUCCCGCUGAGGACAAGGUUCCUCACGCUGAGGACAAGGUUCCUCAAGCUGAGGACAAGGUUCCUCACGCCGAGGAAAGGUUCCUCACGCUGAGGACAAGGUUUUCAUGCUUGGGACAAGGUUCCUAACGCUGAGGAUAAGGUUCCUCACGCUGAGGAAAGGUUCCUCACGCUGAGGACAAGAUUCCUCACGCUGAAGACAAGGUUCCUCACGCUGAGGACAAGAUUCCUCACGCUGAAGACAAGGUUCCUCACGCUGAGGACAAGGUUCCUCACGCCGAGGAAAGGUUACUCACGCUGAUAACAAGGUUUCUCACGCGGAAGACAAGGUUCCUCACGCUGAGGAUAAGGUUCCUCACGCUGAGGAAAGGUUCCUCACGCUGAGGACAAGGUUCCUCACGCCGAGGAAAGGUUCCUCACGCUGAGGACAAGGUUUUCAUGCUGGGAACAAGGUUCCUCACGCUGAGGACAAGGUUCCUCACGCUGAGGAAAGGUUCCUCACGCUGAGGACAAGGUUCCUCACGCUGAGGACAAGGUUCCUCACGCUGAGGACAAGAUUCCUCACGCUGAGGACAAGGUUCCUCACGCUGAGGACAAGGUUCCUCACGCCGAGGAAAGGUUACUCACGCUGAUAACAAGGUUUUUCAUGCUGGAAACAAGGUUCCUAACGCUGAAGGAUAAAAGGUUCCUCACGCUGAGGAAAGGUUCCUAACGCUGAAGACAAGGUUCCUCACGCUGAGGAAAGGUUCCUCACGCUGAGGACAAGAUUCCUCACGCUGAGGACAAGGUUCCUCACGCUGAGGACAAGGUUCCUCACGCUGAGGACAAGGUUCCUCACGCUGAGGACAAGGUUCUUCACGCUGAGGACAAGGUUCCUCACGCUGAGGACAAGGUUCCUCACGCUGAGGAAAGGUUCCUCACGCUGAGGACAAGGUUCCUCACGCUGAGGACAAGGUUCCUCAAGCUGAGGAAAGGUUCCUCACGCUGAGGACAAGGUUCCUUACGCUGAAGACAAGGUUCCUCACGCUGAGGACAAGGUUCCUCACGCUGAGGACAAGGUUCCUCACGCUGAGAACAAGGUUCCUCACGCGUGAGGACAAGGUUCCUCACGCUGAGGAAAGGUUCCUCACGCUGAGGACAAGGUUCCUCACGCUGAGGAAAGGUUCCUCACACUGAGGACAAGGUUCCUCACGCUGAGGACAAGGUUCCUCACGCUGAGGACAAGGUUCCUCACGCUGAGGACAAGGUUCCUCACGCUGAGGACAAGGUUCCUCACGCUGAGGACAAGGUUCGUCACGCUAAGGAAAGGUUUCUCAGGCUGAGGACAAGGUUCUUCACGCUGAGGACAAGGUUCUUCACGCUGAGGACAAGGUUCCUCACGCUGAGGACAAGGUUGCUCACGCUGAGGACAAGGUUCCUCACGCUGAGGACAAGGUUCUCACGCUGAGGACAAGGUUCCUCACGCUGAGGACAAGGCUUCUCACGCUGAGGACAAAGGUUCCUCACGCGGAGGACAAGGUUCCUCUCGUUGAGGAAAGGUUCCUCACGCUAAGGACAAGGUUCCUUACGCUGAGGACAAGGUUCCUCACGUAGAGGACAAGGCUCCUCACGCUGAGGACAAGGUUCCUCACGUAGAGGACAAGGCUCCUCACGCUGAGGACAAGGUUCCUCAUGCUGAGGACAAGGUUCCUCAUGCUGUGGAGAAGGUUCCACAAGCUGAGGACAAGGUUUCUCACGCUGAAGACAAGGUUCCUCACGCUGAGGACAAGGUUCCUCACGCUGAGGACAAAGUUCCUCACGCUGAGGACAAGGUUCCUCACGCUGAGGACAAGGUUCCUCACGCUGAGGACAAGGUUUCUCAUGCUGAGGAAAGGUUCGUCACGCUGAGGACAAGAUUCCGCACGUUGAGGACAAGGUUCGUCACGCUGAGGACAAGGUUCGUCAAGCUGACGACAAGGUUCCUCACGCUGAGAACAAGGUUCCUCACGCUGAGGACAAGGUUCCUCACGCUGAGAACAAGGUUCCUCACGCUGAGGACAAGGUUCCUCACGCUGAGGACAAGGUUCCUCACGCUGAGGACAAGGUUCUUCACGCUGAGGACAAGGUUCCUCACGCUGAGGAGAAGGUUCCUCAUGCUGAGGACAAGGUUCCUCACGCUGAGGACAAGGUUCCUCACGCUGAGGACAAGGUUCCUCACGCUGAGGACAAGGUUCCUCACGCCGAGGACAAGGUUCCUCACGCCGAGGACAAGGUUCCUCACGCUGAGGACAAGGUUCCUCACGCUGAGGACAAGGUUCCUCACGCUGAGGACAAGGUUCCUCAUGCUGAGGACAAGAUUCCUCACGUUGAGGACAAGGUUCGUCACGCUGAGGACAAGGUUCCUCACGCUGAGAACAAGGUUCCUCACGCUGAGGACAAGGUUCCUCACGCUGAGGACAAUGUUCCUCACGCUGAGAACAAGGUUCCUCACGCUGAGGACAAGGUUCGUCACGCUGAGGACAAGGUUCCUCUCGCUGAGGACAAGGUUCCUCACGCUGACGACAAGGUUCCUCACGCUGACGACAAGGUUCCUCACGCUGAGGAAAGGUUCCUCACGCUGAGGACAAGGUUCCUCACGCUGAGGACAAGGUUCCCCACGCUGAGGACAAGGUUCUUCACGCUGAGGACAAGGUUCCUCAAGCUGAGGACAAGGUUCCUCACGCUAAGGACAAGGUUCCUCACGCUGAGGACAAGGUUCCUCACGCUGAGGACAAGGUUCCUCACGCUGAGGACAAGGUUUCUCACGCUGAGGACAAGGUUCCUCACGCUGACGACAAGGUUCCUCACGCUAGUAGUGGCAACUAG